UUUAAAAUAAUACAUUAAAAUUUCUGCAAUUUGUUGUGGUUUAUAUUUGUAAAAAAGUUAGGACCAAAAUUCCGUGUUAAAUUUCAAUAUCGAGUCUACAAACAGAGCGGGUGUUAUAGAAGUUGGAGUUAACCCGACCCGACCCAACUCAACCUAACCCAUUACAAUAUAUGGUUUGGAUCUUUGUCCCUUCCAGAGUUUCACAAUCAUCAAAGGAAACACCUUUUUCUAGUUUUAUGUACCUUCAAAUAAUAUAAGUCUCCCAAUAAUUUGCUUGUCCCUUUUUGCUCCACACCAAUUUCUUAACCACCAAGAAUCACCAUCUUGAUUCAAUCACAGCCCUUCAUCCAAUCCAAAUGCCAAUCACAGUCCUACUUUCAUAAAGAUGUUAUACAAUCUAUCAAAUUCAAAUUCAGCAUGUCCCCACCACCUCACUCAAAGAGCCUACUUUUCACUUUACUUUAAUCAAUCCCACCUUCUUAAACUCUAUUUUCAUUCCUUCAUGUAGUGGUUUUUCCUUCCUUAAAGAUGCACCCUCGCCACUUCCCACCACCACACCAACCACUAGAACCGCCGUCACUCUACUCUACUCCUGACCCACACCACCGAACCGCCACCCCGUCUCCGCUGGCUCAUGCUGUCACGCCCGUAAAAUCAUCUAGACAUACCAUGAUGAUACAAACACCAACGCAAACACGAACGCAAACGCCAAUGCAAACGCAAACACCUGAGUAUUUUUACGAAAGGUUUCCCAAUACAAGAGACAGACUCCUGCUAAGAAACCACCGAAACACAGAUCCCGCCAUUUGGUGCUGCGCGAUCAUAUGUUUAAUAUUCAGCAUACUAAUAAUCUUGUUUGGAAUCACAACUUUGAUCAUAUUCCUCGUCGUCAAACCGAAAAACCCUGUCUUCGACACCAACCACGCGAGUCUCAACGUCGUUUACUUCGAUUCGCCUGGGAAUUACAACGGAGACUUCACUUUUAUCGCGAAUUUCACAAACCCCAACAGGAAACUUAACGUGAGAUUCGAGUAUGCUGCAGUUGAACUAUGUUUUGCCAACAGUGUCAUCGCGAAUCAAUCGAUCAGACCGUUUAGUCAAAGGCAAAGAGAGACGGGUGUGGUCAAGCUUCAUUUCGUAUCGAGCCUAGUGCCCCUGCCGUCGAAUCACGCGAUGGAGCUUAAACGGCAGGUUUUGAGCAACAAAGUUAUGUACAGUGUGAAGGGGACGUUUAAAGUACGAGUAAGCUUCGGUUUGAUUCAUUUCUCGUACUGGUUGCAUAGUCGAUGCGAGUUGCAGAUGAGCAGUCCACCGUCUGGUUUACUCAUGGCGAGACGCUGCAUAACUAAGAGAUGAAAUGUUAUUUAUAUCGUUAUUCAUCUCUUUUCAUUUUUUUUGCUUUUCUUCAACAGGUUGAACUGAGAUCUAAAUCGACUCGGUUCAACCGUAUCUCGUGUGUAUAAUUGACAAUUGGGCACUAUCUAUACCUACAAAAAUCUGUAUAUAACGCAGUAUUUGCUCCGA